UUGAAGGAAAGCUUGAGCGCUGUUUCUCUCUGCCUCUCUGUGAAUCGCUUAUUCAAUCCGUCUCCCACGCUUUUUAUCUUUCAACAUGGGUCUAACGGAAGAAGAAAUCAAAAGAAUAUACAGAAUCCAGAAGACGUUGAUGCAGAUGCUCAAGGACCGUGGCUACUUUAUCGCCGAUUCUGAAAUCACGAUGACCCUAUCACAGUUCGUUAGGAAGCAUGGGGACAACAUGAAAAGGGAGGAUCUUGUUACUCUCAGAGCUAAGAGAAACGAUAGCAGUGAUCAGCUCUAUGUCUUCUUCCCUGAUGAGGUGAAAGUUGGAAUUAACACAAUGAAAGUGUACACAAACCGGAUGAAGUCAGAGAAUGUUUACAGAGCUAUCUUGGUUGUUCAGCAGAACUUGACUCCUUUUGCUCGAAACUGCAUUAGUCAGAUCUCUUCUAAAUUCCAUCUCGAAGUUUUCCAGGAGGCGGAAAUGCUAGUGAAUAUUAAGGAACAUGUUCUUGUUCCUGAGCACCAAGUUCUCACCACUGAAGAGAAGAAAACUUUACUGGAGAGAUACACUGUCAAGGAGACUCAGCUUCCAAGGAUUCAAGUGACUGAUCCAAUCGCAAGAUACUUUGGACUCAAACGUGGCCAAGUCGUCAAGAUCAUCCGUCCUAGUGAAACCGCUGGUCGUUACGUUACCUAUCGUUAUGCUGUAUAACCAAAAAGCAGCUUUUGUAGAUUCAGAGUUGAACUCUCAGAGCUGUGAAACAUAAGACGAUUACCAAACUAUUGACAAUGGUUUUUUGCUACAUUUAUUUAUUUAUAUGUGCACGGUUCUUUUUGCUACAUGUAAGAAAUUGAAAACCUUACGAGUAUCUUUUAUUAUUAUA